UCCCGACAUUAAUCUAGUUUAGCCAACCAAAGAUGAGAUUUCUUGGUAUAAAACCCACUGAGUUUGAUGAAGCUGCAUCAGUUCUCCCUGAGCUCUUAUCAAGAUAGUUCUGUGAUAAAGGUCAAAAUGCGUACAUUUGUCUUCCUCUUCGUUGCUAUCUUGUGUCUCGCCCACACCAUUGAGGCUACCUAUCGGAAGGUCCCAUUCAAUGGAUCCAUUUUCGGAAAAAGAGGUGUUGUUGAAUAUGAUUCGACCGGGAAAGCAAUGUCGGCUUUGUGCGAAAUUGCCUCCGAAACAUGCCAGGCGUGGUACCAAACCGUUGAGAACAAAUGAACGGCUAUGAAAAUUACUUCCGCUGAAUUUUAAAAUAACGGCCAAAUUGUAUUAUGUGACAAAUAGUGCAUUAUAAAAUUAGCUAAACGAUUAUUUUACUGCCUUAUUCACUGUUUUGUAACUGUUGCAUUAUUUUUUAAUUUUAAAUGGGGACUAUGUCAGCAAUGAAGUAACUAAUAUCACGUAAUGAAUUAAAUUAAAUUAAAUUAAAAUAGUUCAUAUAUAAUAUUGUAUUUUACUAUGUAUUUAGAACCAUUUCAUUGUAUUUUGCGCUAAGUAUAUAAGACUGAAAUAAAUAGGAAAUGUAUUGUGCCUACUAAAUAUACGAAGUAUUUUU